AUGAUCGCCGCUCGAUUCGAAAAUCCGAGGAACAGUUUGCAUGCCAGCGCCGGAAACGAGGCGCGAAGCUCGGCCACCUCAUCGGUGGGAACCAAAUCGACCAAGUCCUCCAAUGCAUCGUCGUCCGCAAUUCGACGAUACAGCUUCAGGCGGGAGUUGUUUCAGCUCUGGGACACCAUAACAACCCACUGCUACCGGCAGCUGGUGCAGAAGGAUCGCAGCAUCUGGGAAAGGCUCAUGUGGCUUGGCAUCAUCAUCAUCGAAACGAUCGCCCUGGUAACAAUCCUCAUCAGCGCCUGGAACAGCUUUACCGAGAAUCCGCUGAUAACGACCUUGCACGAUACCCUGUACCCGAUCCGUCACGUUCCGUUUCCGGCCAUUUCGCUGUGCAACAACAACCGCAUCUCCCGGAAGGCGGCCAUCCGGUAUGCGGAAGAACUGGCCCAGAAGGACCCGGAAAAGCGGAACGUCAGCUACUUCCUGGAGCAGGUCCGGCUGCUGGGCAAGCUUUACGAUUACGACUACGAGAACCUGCACCAGAUGACCCAGUUCCAGGAAUUUCUGGACCAGCACGAUACCAAAAACGGCUCAUCCGGUUACAAUGCAUUCGAAACGCUUAAGAGGCUGUCACCACGCUGCGAAGAUAUGCUGAUGCGGUGCUUUUGGAAAAGCAUCGAACUUCCCUGUAUGCAGAAAAACGACAUGAUUGAGAUGCGCCGAACCCAGUACGGAUUUUGCUGCACAUUCAAUUUCGUCGGACACAGCGAGGAUAACGAGAUUCAUCCACCGUCCUACUACCUUGACGUGACUGGACCGGAAAUGGGACUGGUUCUUCUGGUGAACGGCACGACGAGCGAUUAUUUCUACAAUCUUUUCAACACCAUCGGAUUCAAUUUACAAAUCUUCAACCCCGCCGAGGUACCGGAUGUCACUUCCGGUGGCGUAAGCGAGCAGUUUAUCCAUCUCGGUACCGAGUCCUUCAUCCGAGUGGACGCCAUCACCAUAAACAGCGAGCCAGAUGUUCGGAGAUAUUCCAAGGAAAAGCGUCAGUGCGUGUUCCGGAACGAGCUGCUCCGUUACGGGGGCCACUACGGCCGCAGCAACUGCGUGGCAGCCUGCCGGAUCCGGAGCGUGCUGGCCCUUUGCGAGUGCAUCCCAUUCUUCAUGACAGCGGCCGGGCUCGUCUCGGACAAGUCGAUAACCGUGUGCAAUCUGCAGCACAUCGUUUGCCUGAACAAGUACAAAAUCAAAUGGUCCACCGUCAUCACCGACAUCGUAGAGAUUCCGGGACUGGAGAAGGAAAUGGAAGAGUCGCUCUACUGUCCGGAGUGUUUGCCACCGUGCUCCGACACCAAGUAUCAGGUGACGGCAUCGGAGCUGCCGCUUAUAAAGACUCAUCGAACCGGGUUCAGCGUAACGCACGGCAUCGAGGACGUCUCCGAGGUCAGUGUGGUGCGCAUAUUUUUCGGGCAACCGGAAACCUGGUUGUACAAGCAGGACGUGGCCUCCUACUGGUUCGAGAUAUUCAGCAACUUUGGCGGCAUGUGCGGCAUCAUGGCUGGCCUGUCGCUGAUAAGCGUUUCGGAGAACGUUUACUUUAUCCUGCGACAGUUUGCGCUGGUUUUCCUGGUGCGAUCCAGCCGGUUGCGGGAAAGGCGUCGGCAGCGCCGUGCCGCCCGCCAAAUACUGGAAUGAAUCGAUUGUGUGUUUUUGUGUGUU